CCGUUUGCUUUUUUGCACGAGAGAGAGAGUGCAUGCCAUAUUCGCACUUCAACGCCCUGGUUGAUUGGUUUCACCCUCGAGCAGACCAAGUUAUGUGUGAUUCCCGGAACUGGUGUUUGGUCCGCCUCUGAAGUUCGCGAAAAGGAACACAAGCAUCCGGUGGUACCUUGGUUCCGGCAGGGGAGGCGAGAAAUAACACCGCAUUAGAGUCAUGCCCCUCAACCCGGUGUUAACCUCCAUGGCCAAUACCUACGAUAAUAAUGCUGACAGUAACCCCCGCCGGUCGACGGAUAGCUACAGCAGUAUAGAGACACUAUCCCAUCCCCGAAAGCCGCUGCAGGGCAACAGCAGCAGGUCCUCGUCAAGCGGCUUCUCGUCCACCUCCUCUCCACGGCGUUCCCCACUUCACGAACGAGCCCCAAUCAUUGCGGGGACUCCUCCGAGACAUUAUCAGUCAACCGACAAUGUAACCGCCUACCCAUCCGACCCGAACGACCAGCAAACCGACAACCAACAGCGAUCUCAGGCACAUCGAACUAAAUCUCCGAGCGGUUCAAUGGACAGCCACUGCACUUUCGGCGAUGGCCACCCGUGGUAUAAACGGGUCUUGGACAAGUACGGGAGUCUGGAACUGGACAACAAGGGCAGCGUGGCGAGAGACCAUCUCGCCCUCGAACGAACGUUUCUCGCCUGGCUCCGUACAUCUCUCGCCUUCGCCUCCAUCGGAAUAGCUAUCACACAGCUAUUUCGUCUUAAUACAUCUAUCCAACAACAGACACCGGCCCCUGCCUCCGCCUCCUCCAUAAGCUCCCACUUUCCUCCGCCCGUUAUAUCGGACGAGUACCAAGCUAACGACUACAACUCAAUCGGUUUGGUCGAAGAGAGCCGGCGGCUUCGCAGCUUGGGAAAGCCUCUCGGCGCUACGUUCAUCGGUGUGGCCAUCAUCGUCCUAGUUAUCGGAUUCCAUAGAUACUUCCAGGGUCAGUACUGGGUGGUUCGCGGAAAAUUCCCUGCUAGUCGCGGCAGUGUGGCUGUUAUUGCUUUCAUAGCCGGUGCUUUGAUGGUUAGUAGCUUGGUGGUUAUUUUGGCUAUUGCACCGGGGGCGAUUGAAUCGUGA